CGUGAGGCAGCGGAGCGGGGCGGUGAUGGCGGCGGUGCCGAGGCUGGUGCUGCUGCUGCUGCUGGCGGCCUGGGGAGCGCCGGGCACCGCGGGGCAGAAGCGGAAGGAGAUGGUUUUAUCAGAAAAAGUGACCCAGCUGAUGGAGUGGGCCAGCAAAAGAUCUGUUAUCCGAAUGAAUGGAGACAAAUUUCGACGCCUUGUGAAGGCACCACCCAGAAAUUACUCAGUGAUUGUGAUGUUCACUGCUCUUCAGCCUCACAGACAGUGUGUUGUGUGCAAGCAAGCUGAUGAGGAAUACCAAAUCCUGGCCAACUCCUGGAGAUAUUCCAGUGCAUUUACCAAUAAGAUUUUUUUUGCUAUGGUUGAUUUUGAUGAAGGCUCAGAUGUAUUUCAGAUGCUCAACAUGAAUUCUGCUCCAACCUUCAUUAACUUCCCUGCCAAAGGGAAGCCCAAACGUGGUGACACCUACGAGCUGCAGGUGCGUGGCUUUGCAGCUGAGCAGCUUGCUCGUUGGGUGGCUGACAGGACAGAUGUCAAUAUCCGUGUGAUAAGGCCACCAAACUAUGCUGGGCCACUGAUGUUGGGGCUGCUGCUGGCUGUCAUUGGAGGGCUUGUGUAUUUACGUGGAAGCAAUCUGGAUUUUCUGUAUAAUAAAACUGGUUGGGCAUUUGCUGCUUUGUGUUUUGUGUUAGCAAUGACAUCUGGCCAGAUGUGGAACCACAUUAGGGGCCCACCCUAUGCUCAUAAGAAUCCCCAUACAGGACAAGUGAACUAUAUCCAUGGAAGCAGCCAAGCCCAGUUUGUGGCAGAAACACACAUUGUUCUUCUGUUUAAUGGUGGUGUCACUUUAGGAAUGGUACUCCUCCACGAAGCUGCUACUUCUGACAUGGAUGUAGGGAAGAGAAAAAUCAUGUGCAUUGCUGGUAUUGGCUUGGUGGUGCUGUUCUUCAGCUGGUUGCUGUCUGUCUUCAGAUCCAAAUACCAUGGCUACCCAUACAGUUUCCUAAUGAGCUAAAGAAUUCCAGAGUCUGUAACAUCAGCAAGGUGGUGACUCUCAGCUUGGGUGUGAUGGAAUGGAAGAGCUAAAUGUGUGUGGUUCAUGCUACCUCUCUUUACACAGAACGAGAUAGUUGAACACUGAACCAAAGACAAUGUGUGUAGUGCCUUAAAUUUAACAAGCAGUUUGUUCUGAAGGACACAGAGUAUUAAGAUGCAAUCUUGUUUUUUUUGUAAGCUUUACGUCUUCUUAAACAACUUGUAGUGAAAUUCAGAACCUAAUGCUUAGAACCACCUUUCCAUAGACUAACUAGACACAGGACUUUAAAUUCAGUUGGAUAAUCAGUUUUCCAAAUGGUUGUUUUCCCCCUCAAAAUAUUUAUCACUUUAUUUCCUGUUUGUGCACAGCAGGUGACAAUAGCUUCUCUGUCAUGCUUUUUCAUGGUUUAGAAAGUAUCUUCAUGCACCUGGGAAUCUUUUCCUUUACUUGGUAUGUGACCCUUGGACCACACUUAAAAUUUCAGUGUGGAAUGUGUACAUCCUACAGCUGUGUCUUGUUUUUGAGAAGGAUACUUCAUUGCUGUAUGAUGCAAAAGGUUUCACAGAGUAAGGGAGAAUUUUCAACAGGUGGAUUCAAGUUAGUAAUUCAAAUAUUCAUUAAAAAUUUCCUUUGCCAAAUGCUGAAACUAUGACAGUUAAGUUGUAAAUGUUAACUCAAAAACAAAAAAAAAAGUGACCAACACUCAUUCUCACAAACACAAACCAAAAUGUAACUAGUUGUCUGAAUUAAAGGUUGCCAACUUACUUAGAAGUUAUUGACAACCCAAUGGGUAUCAGAUUUUUAGUCACUAUGUAAGUUCUUGCAUUCUCCAUUUACUUUCUCCAAGUUUUUAUCCUUGGGGAGAAUAUGGGAGUGGGAAAAGAUAGGUAAUCCCAGGAUAAAUAUUGUUACCCCAGGGAGAUUUCUUAGCCUUUCAAUUGAAUGUACCUCUUGCCUCUCCUUUUGUUCUCUGAUGUCACAAAGAUAUUUUGCCUUAAAGAUUCUUGAGUGGAAGAUGCUGUGCCUCAGCCUGAACAGUUGUGUAGUUCAGCACCUGUACUGCAGGGAAAUUUUGCAGCCUGAUUCAGCAAUGCUUUGUUCUGUAGGCUGUGCUGGCCUUGGAGGUCACUAGUCAGGGGAAAAUAUGGGAUAUUUGUCUCCUGCUUCUGCCUCUCCCCUGUGUCAAGGGGUUCCAGAAUUUGGAUGCUUUAGGUUGAAGCUCAGAAAGGACUAUAUGUUUCACAGUAGAAUGUUAUACAAGUUUGCUAAAUUAACACACAUCUCAAGUGCCUUAACUUUACUAAUUUAGUUGUUUUGAUGUUUCAGCUUGUUGAAAUGCAUUUUUUUCCCAUGCCAUUCACAAUGACAAGCCUUAGUGGAAUGGAUAAAUUGUGUGUCUGACUGGAUUUUGGACAAGUUUUAAUAAAAUUUUUUAGCCUAAUCCA